AUGAUAUGUUUGCUAAAGUAUAAUUUAUUCAUUUUGGUGGUGAUGAAGCUAGUAUUUAAUGUUUUGAAUAAAAACCAUCCAUUAAAGAAUUUAUGGAUUAACAUGGAAUAGCUAACUAUUUUGAUCUUUAAGUUUAUUAUAUUGGAAUAUCUAAAUUAUUUAAGAAAUUAACUAAUUAAUAAAAUAAAAUUUUAUUUUAAUUAAACAUUUAUUUCUCUAUAGAAAAAGAUAAAAAGAUAUUUGGAAUAAUUAAAUUAAAUCACAAAAGAAAAUCAUUUAUUGGUAUAAUAAAAAAGAUUAACUUCCUGCAGAUUAAGAUGAUAUUAUAUAAUGGUGGGGUCUAUCUUCUUAGCUUAAUGAAGUAAAAAAUAGGCCUAAUUCAUUUAUCUUAAGCGAUUUUCAUCCUUUAUAUCUUGAUAUUGGUGUUGGAAAUGCUUUUGGGGAUAGAUAUGAUAAAUAUUAAGCAUGGAAGGAUGUCUAUAAAUGGAACCCAAAAAUUCCACAUAAUUUUUAAGGAAAUAUUUUAGGAGGUGAAACCCUACUUUGGGGUGAAACUAACAAUUAAAAUACUCACUUUUAAAAAUUAUUUUUAAGAUCAUCAAUUUUAAGUGAUACGUAAAUAAAAUUAAUAUAAAUAGUUUAUGGAAUCCAGAAAUUAAAAAGUAAGAAUAAUUUUGGAAAUUUACCUAAAGAUUAAGUGAUAUGGAAGAUAGAAUGAACAAGUAUGGAUUUCCUGUUUCUCCAUUUACUCAUAGUUAUUGUAAAAGAUAACUAUAAUAAUGUUUUCCUUAACUUUACUCAACAAAAUUAGAAUUGCUUUUUAUGUUCAUUAUAGUAUAUUUAAUAUGA